AACCGAAUGUUUGCCUUCUGUUUUUUUUUUCUAUGACAAAACUGAAAAGUCGAGAAGAGGACGACGGUGACAGGUGUCAGACGGGGAAGGAGAUGGAGGGGGAGAAGCGAAAGUCGGAGUUCAACGAUGCCGUUUUGAAAGCGUCUCAGAAGAGGGCGAGAUGGGAUGAAAACGGAGAGGAGGAGACGACGACGGUGACGGACGAGGAGGUGGAGGAAUUCUUCGCGAUCCUCAAGCGUAUACACGUGGCGGUAAAUUAUUUCAAGAAGGUUAACGGCGACGUGCGCAGCUUGACGGAGCUGGAAAAGGCGGAGUCGCUGAAUUGGGGGCGGAACGCUGAAGUUGACGGCGGUGAAAAGGAGGAGAAUGUGGGCUUGGACUUGAAUGCAGAUCCGGGUACAGGUUCAGACCCGUUUUAAUUAGUCAUUUCCUUAUGAUAAUGGUUGUUAUGUCCGGAUCUACGAUGAAGGAUGGAUCUUAUCUCGGUCCUUCUAAUUUUUAAUGCUAUUUAAUAAUAAAUUUAUGCAGAAAUUAUUGUAUAGCCUUUUUUGCUAUUUUUUA